AUGCAGUCCUCAGGAGCAGUCCUUCCGGCCUCGCCUGGUAUGAUCCCUCGAGGAGAUAGCUACCAUCUUCAAUAUCAACCAACCAGGAAUGUUUUCCCAAACUCCAACGGUCUUGCCAUGAACAAUCUGUCUCGAUAUUCCAAUUAUCAGACAACCAGGCCAAUAGAUAUGAACUCCAAUGCACAGGGUGGCACAAUAUUCGGUGCUUCAGGAGGGUUCGUAUUUGAUUCUCCAGCGUCAAGACAGUCGAGCUCAACUAACCCCGAAGCUCCACCGUUUCACGAAACCACUGUCCUUCACAAUCUUCUAAUAAACAACCAUGCUGUGAGGCCAGACAUACAUGCAAAGAUCCACAAAGGGUUCUUCCAGGUGGAUGGGAAAUGGACGUGUUAUCGUCGGAACUACUUCUCCUUGUCCUGUUCCUUCACUUUACGGCCAUGGAUUCAUAUGCAAAGUUCUCCACCUUAUAUUCAGCUCUCCAAUGGUACUACCCCGAGAGUUAAAUCCUUUGCCAUGGCAAUUUCGGCCGUGGUCCAUGGGCAAGAGAACGAGAUCCGUGAGCUUGUUCAGCACACUCCAAAGCGUGAUAAACAAUCCGAGAGACGACCAGGCAAGGUUGCCUUGGAACCACAACCACCACCUUCAAUGAUGACCAACCCUGGGCCAAUCGGCAAUGGUCACCACCAUAUGGCAUUUUCCAUGCCCCCCCAGUCACCCAUGCAUUUUGAGUGCGGAUCAGCGUUUGGAAACGGUGGCCAUUCUCAGGCAGUACAGACUGCACCUACUUCCCACACCUUUGAGCGAAUUCAGUUCCAGAAGGCAACAGCUAACAACGGAAAACGUCGUGCACAGCAACAGUUUUAUCAACUCGUGACCGAACUUUAUGCUGAUGUUAGUGACCAUAACUCGAAAUCCUCGCCACAGUGGAUCUUGGUUGCAAGACGACUUUCAUACCCUAUGGUGGUUCGAGGAAGGUCCCCAGGUCACUACAAAGAUGGACGACGUGAGAGUACGACAAGCAUUGGGCCAGAGAGUGAUACUGGAAACUCUGGUGAUGGGCGAAUGAAUGGGUUGACCAACGGAAUGUUACCAAGUUCACGACAACCUCCUCCUUUGCUAUCAACAUAUGAUCAAGGCCAUGGUCGUCGAAUGACGGCCACUGAUCAACCCCCGUUAACCGCAGGAUCCCUUGUUUCUUCCUCAUCCUCUUCCCCUGGAUUCGACUUUGGCAUGAUGAAUGAUUCCAUGAAUCCUAUGGAGACCAUGAAGGACACGAACGUCGAUGCAUACGGUCACCAGCCAUAUACCUCAGCAUCCGCAGUUCAACGGAAGGUAUGUAUGGAGCCGUCCGGCCUUCGCAGCCAUAUGCCGACGUUCAAUGAUACCAUUGCAACGACAAAGAGCCAGGAUCAACAAGACGGUGGAUAUGGCGAGCCCUUUGAGCCAAUGGUGUCACUGAUCCAUCAUGAUAACAAUGGGGACAAUCAUUAUUUUAACCGUCAAGAUGAACAUGGGCUAAGGAAUGGAAUGAAGAUGCACGGGUCUUACUCCAGCCGCCCUACAGCCCAUGGAUACGCACGAUACUGA